UGGUAUAGGGUAAACCCGCACCCGACCCUACCCAUUGCCAUCCCUAGAACUCGUCAACAAAAAGCCGACAUUAAUCUAAGAACCCUCUCUACAUCUUUUCCCCUGGCGGACCGCUACCUUUCUAUUUCACUAAUUAUUGUCGUCUCCAUUCCGCCAAUCCGAUUCUUCUGUACCUGCAUCGAAUCUUCGGCGCUAUCCAUCCUCCUCUUUCGCUUGCGGCCUCAGAAGCAUAGCAUAGCUCUGCAAAAGUCCUCUCGAAUUCGAGAUUUUCUCUGUAGCCGCCGAGCCGCGACUUGUUCUGUUUUCAUCGUGUUUGUUCGUCCUCUUCCCUAUUGGGUUUGGUUAAUCAGAGCAGCAACCAUGGCGGGUCAGGGGACAGGAGGGAGGGGAGGCAGAGUUGUCGGGGACUACAUGGUUGGCAGGCAAAUCGGGUCGGGUUCCUUCUCCGUGGUCUGGCAUGCUAGGCACCGGGUGCAUGGCACGGAAGUGGCGAUAAAAGAGAUUGUUACUGGUAGACUUAACAAGAAGUUGCAGGAGAGUCUCAUGUCGGAGAUCUUCAUCUUGAAGCGGAUUAAUCAUCCUAACAUCAUUUCCCUUCACGAUAUUAUCGAGGUUCCCGGUAGAAUACACAUUGUAUUGGAAUACUGCAGAGGGGGCGAUCUUUCUAUGUACAUUCAACGCCAUGGAAGAGUGCCAGAAGCACUUGCUAAGCAUUUCAUGCAACAAUUAGCUGCUGGCUUGCAAGUUCUCCGUGAUAAUAAUCUCAUACAUAGAGAUUUAAAACCACAGAACCUCUUGCUGUCCACCAAUGACACCAAUGACAUACUAAAAAUGGCAGAUUUUGGGUUUGCUAGAUCUCUUCAACCAAGAGGCCUUGCUGAAACCUUGUGUGGUUCACCCCUUUACAUGGCUCCAGAAAUAAUGCAACUUCAGAAGUAUGAUGCAAAGGCAGAUCUCUGGAGUGUUGGUGCCAUCUUAUUCCAACUUGUAACUGGGAAAACCCCAUUCACUGGGAGCAACCAAAUGCAGUUACUCCAGAAUAUCAUGAAAUCAACUGGAUUGCAAUUUCCACCAGAAGUUAAUUUGAGUACUGAGUGCACAGAUUUAUGCUACAGAUUGUUGCGUCGAAAUCCAGGUAUCCCAUUCAUACCAACUUGAAAUGGGAAAUACCUUCUCAUGUUUACUGAAAGAGCAACUUAUAGCACCAAGUCCUAUUUGGUGUACACGGAAAAUAUUCCUCGUUAAUUUUAUCUUUCAAUCUAACAUUUAGCAGAUUUUGUGGCCUAAGAACUGGAGUAAUUACUGUAUUUGUAGACUAUUUUUGAAAGUAUCAGUGGAACGGUUGACUUUUGAGGAAUUCUUUAACCACCCAUUUCUUUCUCAAAGGAGAGCAGAUGAAUCAUUGAGGGCUCAGAGACCUUCAAGAUUUGCAGAUGGCUUCUCACCGUCUGAAACUAAUUCCCUUGGGAAAAGCAGUCCUCAGGAGGAUUGUCUGCCAUUUUUUCUGGAUGAUGAUUCUAGUGGUCCUGAGGGGAGUCUUGCUUUCUCUACUAGGAACUCAUCAAUCAAGACCACUUAUGGAUUUUCUCUUGACACUAGAACUGAUGAAAGGGAUGCGAAAUUGAAUGCUUUAAAUAAUGUAGAUAUUAUACCUUCAAGGCAUAUCUCUGUCAGAUACCCAUCUGGUAAUUCUAUAGCUAGGCCCGCUAUCAAUAAACUUUUGGAUGAAAAUCAAAGUGAAACUCCAAAGACUGCAGCGCCAAGGCCAGUGAGCAUCAUCAGGCCGAGAGUCGUGGAUUCUCUAGAGUCGAUUGAUCUUGAUUAUGUUUUGGUUUCUGGACCACUUUUGGAUGUGUCUUCUUCUUUGGCUGGAAAUUCCAAACCUAGCCAGAUACCUUUUAAAUCUGAGAGUGCCCCUCAAACAUCGGGCCAUUUAAUACCUAGACCUACCGCCCUUGUUCCUUUAGUUGGAACUGGCAAUCCUACUACUCUUGCCCGCAUUGCAAGCAUCGAUUGUCCAGGCUCUGCUCCUGGCACUUCCCAAGGAUCUACAGAUGUAGGAAGUUCCCUAGAGCAGCCAUCACCUGACUGCAUGACCAGGAUAAAGUCUUUGAAGCAGUGCGCAUCGACCAUAACUGAACUUGUCCAAGAAAAGAUUGAGGCUGGCAGACAUUUGGAAGCUUUCUCAAUCCAACUUGUCAUACUUGCAAUUUGGAAGCAAGCCUUGCAUAUAUGCCAUGCUCAAGCUGCUUCAGCCAUUGAAGGAAGUCCAAGCCAGGAAAACAUAAGAUUGAUGAGGAGAAGCAGCAGUAAGAUUAAACAUGGUACAUCAGAGAUGGAAUGUUGUUCUGAUGAUAUUGGGCCGGAGAUAAACACCACUCAUAUUGAGAGAGAAUUUCUCCGGGAGGUUGAGCAUGCUGAGGAACUUGCCAAUGCUAUUGAACCUGGUAUUACAGAGAUGCCAGAUGCGCUGGAGACUAUUUUCCAGUCUGCCCUCACUCUUGGAAGAAAUGGAGGGGUAGAUGAGCUAAUGGGAGAAAUGGAAAGCGCAAGUUUGUUAUACUCCAAAGCAGUAAGGUUGUUAAGGUUCCUUCUUGUGGAGGCACCUUCUCUCAUUGUGAACCCUCCAUUUUCACUCACGAACUCGGACCGGUUCAGGCUUCGCAGUUACAUUGAUAUCCUCAACAACAGGCAGGGAUGUUCUCGUUCUCAAAGGAUGGCCCUUGUGAAAUGCGAUUCGGAUCAGCCGUCGUCAUAGAUUAACAACAACAACAACAACAACAACAAAAAGUUGUCACCUUUUUCUCUCCUCUCUUGGACUGACCCAUGUUCUUUACCAUUUGUAAAUGAUUUGUUUGUACAGGCAGCCAUUAUUCUUUUCAGGUGGAAGUAGGGGACUCAUGAUACUUGAUUCAGCAGAAUUCUUGAUUCUUUUGGGGGUGAGGAUGUUGUGUAAUAUGUACAUACAAACGCUGGUUCGUGAAAGCGUGUGAUGAUGAAGACGAAAAAAAAGUAAGUUGUGAGAGAAAAGAUAAAGGAAGAAAGACCUGCACAUGAAAGACUCAUGCAAAAUUGAUUUGUGUUGGUUAUGGUUGUGGGAAGAGAUGAUUGUCGAAAAUGAAGACGAUCAAACUCAAAUUGUUUCUCAGUACAAGGUUAGGGUUGGUGCAACGGUCGACAAAAGUGAUCAUACUUAAUCUUGUGGUCAAACACGAUCAAUAUUGGGCAUGAGGCUAGGGUUAGGUGUAGUGACUUAGGCAUGAUUGCUUUAGUCAAAAGCGAUCUUGUAUUGAUCGCUUUAGCCUCAAGCGAUCUUGUGUUGAUCAGAUUAAAAUAUAAAAAUAUUCAACCUAAACACCCCUAUUUCAUUCUC